UGGUGAGGAGGGAGGACAGGGACAGCUGGUGGCAUGGUGGAGAAAUUAAUUUUUCAAGGUUUGUGUACCUGAAUGUCAUACCCAUUUAACAACUCGCUUCAGUGACUGGAAUUCAGCAUUUCCAGCCUUCUGAAGAAGGCCAGAGGAACAGCACUAAUAUACUUCUGACACUCCAUGGGAUGACACUGGGCAAACAUAGCCAAAUGUCAGAAAUUCCUGAAGUCUGGGUUGGGGCGCUUCACUGUACAGCUCAUGCCACCAAGAAGGAUUUGCAUGAGGUGGGAGAUGUGGACUCUUGACCUGAUCUUCUUCUCUGCUGUGUGCUCUGUGGGCUGGCAGAAUGAGCAGAUACCUCUCUGGGGUGUGAGGGAAGCUUUUUAUAACCAGGAAUGUGCAAGAGGAGAAGUGGCAGCAAAGGCCAUGCAUGGUGCAUUAACCUGGGCUUGUCUGAAAAGAACUGGGUUUGUCAGCAAGUGACUGGGCUUGGGUCCUGUUACUCCUUCUCUCAUUCUUGCACAAGAACAACCCUGAACCUCUCCCCAGGGAAUUCAUGGCUUAAUACCACAUCAGGAGCAAACUGGCAGUGCAGGCUAGCACAAGGGAAUGGGCAAAACUUCUGGACAGCAGAGAAUGAGAGGAGCCUUUUACCUUCCAGCCUAGAUUUGGAGCCUAAUGCAGUGAGUGUAGUGAAAAGUAGCAGUGCAGGGAUGUUUCUAGGCAAGCAGUGCUGCUGGGUAACAGGUUAACUGAAAUCUGCAAACAUUCUCUGCUGCAAGAAAAAGAGGGUGAUGUCAUCAGAAGAUGAUGCUGGUGGGGAGGCUCCUGGGGGCAGUUUCUGGGAGGCUGGAAACUACAAGCGGACAGUGAAACGUGUGGAUGAUGGCUACCGGCUCUGCAAUGACCUUAUCUCCUGCUUCCAGGAGCGAGCCAAGAUAGAGAAGAACUAUGCCCAGCAGCUAACAGAAUGGUCCCGUAAGUGGAGGACCAAUGUGGAGAGAGGUCCGCAGUAUGGUACUCUGGAAAAGGCCUGGCAUGCAUUCCUGACAGCUGCAGACAAACUGAGUGAAAUUCACUUGGCUGUCCGGAACCACCUGGCUGGUGAAGAUUCUGAUAAGAUCAAGGCCUGGCAGAAGGAGGCCUACCACAAGCAGAUGAUUGGAGGCUUCAAGGAAACAAAGGACGCAGAGGAUGGGUUCCGAAAGGCCCAGAAACCCUGGGUGAAGAAGAUGAAGGAUGUGGAGACUUCUAAGAAAAACUAUCAUGCAGCCCGGAAGGAGGAGAAAACGGCCCAUACAAGGGAGAACCAUGCCAAGGCAGACUCGUCUGUCUCACAGGAGCAGAUGCGCAAGUUGCAGGAGCGCGUAGAGAAGUGCACUCAGGAGGCUGAGAAGUGCAAGGAUCAGUAUGAGAAGAUGUUGGAAGAAUUGAAUCGCUACAAUCCCCGCUACAUGGAGGACAUGGAGCAAGUGUUUGAGGGCUGUCAGGAGGCAGAGCGCAAGCGAUUGUGCUUCUUUAAAGAGAUGCUUCUGAAUCUGCACCAGCAUCUCAACCUCUCCACCAGUGAAAGCUUUCAUGCGUUGUAUCGGGAUCUCCACCAAGUCAUCAUGGCUGCAGACAACCAGGAGGACCUGAAGUGGUGGCGCAACACUCAUGGACCGGGCAUGGCGAUGAAUUGGCCUCAGUUUGAGGAAUGGUCUCUUGAAACACAGAGGCAAAUCACCAAGAAGGAGAAGAGUGGAAAGAUGGCUGAUGAUGUCACACUGACCAGCAUUUUGCCUACACGAGAUGGUGUUGUCUCACAAACCCCUCUGCAGACAAGCGGAGGGAAGGAAGACAUUUCGGAGUGGUCAGAUGAGGACACUCCCAAGAAGUGCCUGGAUGCCAAUGGGCAUGAGGAAGACCUAAAGGUACCAGGUGUACGGGUACGAGCACUCUACGAUUACACAGGACAGGAGGCUGACGAGCUGAGCUUUAAAGCAGGUGAAGAACUAAUGAAGAUUAGUGAGGAAGAUGAGCAGGGCUGGUGCAAGGGCCGACUUCUCACUGGUCAAGUUGGACUGUAUCCUGCUAAUUACGUUGAGAAGGUUGGAUCAUGAUUGCUGCUGCCCCACCAGUGCCUCACAGCCAUACCAGCAUCUCCUGCAGAGGUCAUUGGGUCACUCCUGGCCCCAACCCACCUUUGCAGUAUAUCCAGCAGCUUCUGGACUUUAAAGGCACAUAUUCCAUGUAACUAAUGCAUCAUUUUAAACAUCUAGCUCUGUAGGGAUUUUCUAAAAAAUAAACAAGGACGAAUAAAGACUUUUCUGAGCACUACAGUAGUGUAGGAGUGCGGAAAGAAACAGAUCCUUUUGACUUGCACUCAGUGAAAGGAGGUAGGUGUUUUCAGGGAGCUCUAUAAAAAAGAGAAAGCAUACUUCCUUGACUUCAGUGCACAUGCAUCCAUAGUACAUUGGGUGUUGAGGUCUGCCCUGCCUCCAGGCUUCCAGUUCAAUGAAUUUUUGAUAUGCAGGGUAAUAGGGAACUUCUACUAUUGUUUCCCCUUUUUAGCUGCAUCAGGCUGACUGGCAGAAAGCUCUUUAUUCUCCUGUGUAUUUUACAAGUUUUCAGUAUCCCUCACCGGCAAGCUUGUUGGCUUCCCUGAUAUGGCAGCUGGUAAAAGUUACACAGCUACAACCUGAACACCCCUUUUCACUGCCCUCAUUUUUAUUGGGAUAACCCCAGGAAUGCAUGAUAGUAUAGCUGAGGCACAGGAGAAAGAAGCUUCUGUCUUGCAUGGUGUGGCUGUUCAGGCUAAUGAGUUCUGAACAGACAUGUUGUGCAGCAAGUUGGAGUUGACUGAAUGCUCCCUGAGCUAAAAUGGACUUUCACACAUGCUGAAGGCUGGUUUUAACAAAAUGACAGCCAUGUUCCAGUGCUGUUCUGCUUAGGAUUCCUAAAUUCACUUGUGUAUGUUGGGGAUUUUAAUGCAUCUAGAUUAUUUUGGCUUCACCUCUGUCCAAGAGUACUUAGUGCACAGCAGAGAUCCUCUUUUUUUCCUUUUCAAUAUCUUCUUGACUUACACAGGGCAAUAAGUGCACUCCCUGCUUUGCCAAAGACCCCUGCACUGUGAUGAGGGUUGCCUGCUGGCUAGCACAAAUUACUUAUAGAGGGGUAACCCCCCUUUUUGUCCUGAAUUGCUGCAAGUGCACUUAUGCCCAGUUGUUAAGUGCCAUUCAGCAGGGAGGAUGUAUCCAACAUCUUUAUCACCUGUCCUCAUGCCUUUGAAAGCCUGUGAGGCUGCUGGGAAGACCUGACAUCCAGAUCCUAGUGCUCUGCAUAUUCCAACAUGGGGACUGAUUAGCCCAAGAGCUUGAGGGAACAAAAAACUGGAAAAAGCUCCCAUUGUCAGAGGAAAAAAGGCAAACAAGCAGUUGAUUAAAAAUGGCUUACUUAGUACAUCUGCUUGAAACUGCUGUUGAAAUAAUUUUGAGUUUUGUUGUAACCUUCUGUAGUCACAUUCUUAUUCUGGCCUAGCAAGUGUGAGUGACCUGGCUCAGUCAGACUCACAAAACUCAGUCAAGCCUCCACCAACCACUUGGGGUGAACUGCUUCAGAGCUGCUUGGAAAAAGGGUGCUGCACACAUAAGAAAGGCUGAAGUCAUGGGGGAACAUCGGGAUUAAAUGGCCAGUAUUGUGUUAACAGCAACUAGUAAACCAAAAUGUAGACUGAAACAGAGGAGGGAACAGACAUAUUCAAACACUGUUAAUUUAUGAAGAUUAAAGUAUCACAAAUAUCUCACUGCAACAGAAAUUAAACAUUUUACAGCAUACUGGAUGCCUUGAAAUGUAGUCUGCCACGGACAAAGAGAUGGGAGACUAAUGUUAUUUAGUGCUUUUGUGAGACCACAGAAACUUACAGUUGGAAGGUUUUGCUUUAAAUACCCCUAUCAAUGUAGUUCAUGAAUGGGGAAGAGGGGUGCAAACCAAAAGAAAAAGUCUAAAGCAUUUUGCUCAGAGUCUAUUAUGUCAUUUCUCAAUAAAAGAGAAAGUAUUUCCAAAAGGCAAUUAAAUAUCUAAGCAACAGACAUUAAAAAUGCCUGGAUUUAGCUAGGAGUUUAAUUAGUAUUCUAGGUUCAGUAUCUGAAGAUGCCUCUAAGAUGAUGCCGUGUAAUUAGAGGUGUUGGUGUAUAAGCACUUGGACUUAUUUAAAGAUCCAGUCUGCUUUCAGUUCUGUGUCCCAGGUAAAAAUAUAAUUAGUCUUGUGCAGUAAUUGCAAGUGUUCCCUUGCUGACCCACAAUGGAAUGAUUUGUUGCUCCUUUGUCCUAGCACACAUGAAUGUGAAGAGAGCUGUGCCUGUCAGGCUUCUGAGAGAACUGAGAUUAAAACAGCGCAAAAAUGACCUGAGAUGUCCUAUAAACAAUAUUGAAGUUUCCCUGAUUGACCUGCAUAUUUCAAACCCUGAUGAUAGACUUUCAUGUAAGGUCAAAAAAUGGUAGAAUGGAGCUACAGAGGAUGACAUGGAAAACUGACUUUCAACUCCUAUUUGAAUUCUAGUCUGGCUGUAAUUAGGGAUGGAGGUAGGUGUGGCCAUAACGUGCUAAAGGACAGAAAUGUCCAGUGAACAGAACCUCUGGUUACAGUACAAACAACCUGAAAUUCCACAGGACAAAGUCUGAACAGACUUGUUUGUCCUAGGAAAACAUGACCACCUGAUUAUAGUGGGCUGCUUGAAGGUUUCCAGAAUUUGUGACAUACUGUAUCUUAUGUGACCAAGUUCUCUAAGGACUGUUUGCACAUCAGAAAUUCCUGCCAAGAGUUGAAGCAAUGGACAGCAGACAAUACAUUGAGAAUGAAAAAUUGUUUGGCUGGACUAUAGCUCAGAAACAUGCAUGGCACUUAGUCCUGGCUACCCAAAACCAUCUGGAUUAGUAAAAGAGCCUGUGUAGUAAAGAUCUAGCUGGAGGGAAGGAGGAAAAAACAACCCCACACCAACCCACAUCUAAUGAUCUUGUAUUAAAGUAAUAGCUCUGCCUGGAUACUUGGUUUUCCACAGAAGCAAAUGAGGUUUUGUUAACCACAAAGGUUCUAGUUGAAACUUCCAUGCCAUGCCAAAAGUUUUGUGUGUGAACAGACAUGUACACAGAAACUAAUUGCUGUGCCUGAAUUCCAGAAGGCCAGUGAAGCCUGUUCUUUUCCCAUGGUUUUUGUAAAAAAAUACAAAUGCACCUCUGUGCCUGAUGGGCAACACAGUGAAUAAUUAUCUAGUCAUAUUUUAUUUUUUAAUAAAGCCAUUCCUUGUGGAAAGCCU